CAGCUGAACCGCCAUGAGUUCCAUGCCAUUGUGUUUGAUAUUUUGCCUGAUUGUAUUGAGAACCGUCGCGGGGACGCGGCUUAGUAGACUAGAGGAUAAAAUCAAAUCCCUUAAAGGCUUUAUAUUUAAGGAGUUGGGAUACAUUCGAGAUGAGGUCAAAGAAAUCACAAUCAGAGUCGAAAUUCUGGAAAACUACACGUUCACGCACGACCCGAAAUGUCCUUUCCAAGACAUGGAAAUUACUUUGUACAACAUAGGUGAUAAAACUAGUGAAAGUGGGGAGCAAUUAGUACGUGAUGGUGAUUUUGUAACAGCAGAAGUUGAACAUAUUUGCAAGGCUUACUCCAACGACAAAAAGGACUUACAUAAACUGAAGCAAGAUCUUAAAUGCCAACUAAGAGAGCUUGAACAAAGGAUAACUAGCCAUAUGCAUAACCUGACCUCAGAAGUGAACCAAAAUAUCGGGUACAUUCAUGAACAUGUAUCGCUGGCAAAAGUUACUUUGUCAGAGUCCAUCAUUGGGUCUAUUUCAAACAUCAGUUUGUUGUCUGACAGUAUGAAAAUAGAAAUGACUGAGUUAUUUGCGAACACAAGUGAACAGCUUUCUUUAAGAUCUAAAAAAAUUGAAUCGAAAAUGAAACAAAAUAUAUCUUCCACUUAUCUUCAGAAUGAAAAUAAACUUGAAAGAUUCCUGUCACUUGCUGAUCGCAAUGUUAGUGAAAUGAUGCUUGAAGCAGAUAAUAUGUUCAGUUUGAUCCGUACUAACAUUGUGGAAAUACCGAACCAAAUAAGCGAUUUAUCAAUGGAACUACAAUUACUUAACAAGAAAGUACAUCACAUUGAAGAGAAACUUACGAAUAAUUUAGAGAAAACAUCAAAAUACUUACAGUACCAUGUAGAGCUUUUGAUUCCAUGUAUUGGGAGAUGCUUUGGCUAGUUUAUCUUACAACAACUGUCCUCUUUGCAACUUUACCAGUUCAUUUGCAUCAUUUUUUUAAUUGAUUUGGUGGAAAAUAAUUUAUUGUUCAAUUAAUUCUUAUUCAACUGAUAUUUGACAUAUUUCUUCUUCAAUCACUUUACAACAUUACUAUCAUUCUCCUUGUCACUUGUUAUACGGUUUGAUUCAACUUCACUUUAUACUGGAAGGCAAUUAACAUUAAAACAGUUUUUAUUGACUCCAUUGGUACAGGCUUUUCAAUAUGAUUCUCUAGAGCUUAUAUCCUACCUAUAGUUAUCGCUAAAAUAUAUGUAUAUAGUUCGGAGCACACACCCUUAAGUUUAACAUGUAUUCUGUCGCGAGGACAAGCAGUGUUUAAACUAUAUUUGAUAAAAAUACAAUAUAUAAUACUUUCGACGCAAUCUUUCAGGUUGUAUCACUAGCAACAGCCAGCACCAAAAUGACCAAAUAGUGUUGUUGCUAAAUAAAAAGGUCUGCCCGCGCCCUAUUAUGGCUGCAUUAUGACUUGACCCACAUCUCCAGGUGAGACUUAAUAUAUUUUAAAUUAAGGAAAACUUUCUCAAAAUUUGUUCAUGGUCAUUUUUAUCUCAUAUCAAAGUAUAAUAGUAGUCUUAAAUCGCUCAUUGCUGAUAGUAUUGCUCAUGCCGAUUUUUAUGGUGAUGUUUUAAAGAAAAUUCGAAAAAUUAAAAUGUUUCCAGCAGGUCGUUGAGCAGAUAGACUUAAUGAAUUACUUGGAUUUUAUUUAAACCGUGGAUAUAAAGGCAAUAUUUUGAAGAGCACUUGCCUUCUUGUUUUUGAAGAUGAAUGUCUGAAACAAAGUAUUGGGUUGAAUAUAGCAUCUUUUCAUAACUAAACUUUCAGUGCUUUGAUUUUUAUGAAGAAUUUGCUAAUUCAUGUUAUUUUUAAAACCUUUUUUGGCGAACACGUGUUGGGUGACUCUGAGUGUUUUGGCUGUGCCUUUUUUGUCUUCAAAUAUUUUACGUUUUCUAAUCAUUUGGAAGGAGAGAAUAGCAUAUACUAGUCGCUUUUAUUUUUCUUUAUUUGUUCCCAGUUUUAGUACAAUGAUGCUUUUUAUUAUGAAACUCUAUGAUCACACAGUUUUAAACCUUUUAUUUUAUAAGGCAGACUGUGUGUGAUGUUUAAAAUUUCUAACGAUGACUGCAUCGUAUCUUUGAAAGGUAUUUGCAUUAGGUGCUCUGAAUUGUUUCCCUCCGUCUGCAGAUAGAGUUGGGAUCUCUAAUCAUAGAAGUACUUGGGGUUUACCUUUUCGUUUAUUAUUAUUUGUUUUAUUGAUAAGUUUCCUCAAGUUAAUGCAUACUUUGAUAAGAUUUACCUUUUGCGUUUUAUCUUUAUUAAGGAUUGUUGGGAUAAGAGUGAGGUUUGUUACAAAAACUGGUUUAAACCCCCAGUAAAUUUACAUUUUACUGACCGUUCCAAGGCGGUACCUAACAAUUCCUGAUAAAUAUACCAAUUAUAUAUAUAUAUAUAGUAUUUAUGCAUUGUGCUGUUUGUAGAGUUUGUGCUGUUCUAUGUUUCUUGUUUGUGUUUGUGUGUUCUAUGUCUUUGGCGUUUGCCCAUUGUCACUAAACCGGGUUUAUGUUUAAACGUUUUGCUACUGAGCAUGUUUCUGUAGCUUUUUGCAUAAAUAUUAAACAAAAUUGAGAAGGCAAAGGGGAAGUAUUUUCCCAACCGGUGGAUCGGAUAUACGCCUAAUGAGUAAGUUUGUACCCAAAGAGCUGUGAUGAAUGACAUCUUAUAUGGUCCCAGAGCUCUGACUAUUGGAUAUAGUUUCAUUUCUCUGCUUUUAGCUAGUUGUGUAAUUUAGAAAUUUGAUAUAACAUGUAUCUAAAAAACGUCCCAAAGUUCUGACUUUGAUAUGGUUUCAUUUCUCUGCUCUUAGCUAGUUGUCUUUUAAGUAAUCUGUUAGAUGUAUUUGAACUAAAAUUGAUGAAAAAGAUAAUAAAGAAGAUGUUGUAAAACGUUUGUUAAAAGAGUUGUUCUCUAUAAUUGCUACGUGUCGAUUA